UAGGAACAAAAAUUCCGUCAGGCACUUUCGCUGGCACCUCAUGUAAAGCGCGCGCGUUCGCAGGACAACUUUGAAUUACGGAAACGACUGAAGUGAAGCAAAACUGUCAGUGAACUAUAUAUUCGGCAAACACGACGUCACCAUGCUUCAGGAUGUUAUGGACACGGGAGAGUCGAUGGUCAAAAUACUGAAAAGCAGCAAAGCUGACGAUGAAUUAAGAAAAGUGAGAGAAAAACAGCAGUGUUUCUUUGAGCGACACUUGGACAUGAAGAAAACCAUCACAUUGGUGUUAAACGGUGUAGUUCAGUGUGAAGAUGAGGCGAGCCAGAAGCUGCUGGACAUGGAGGGGCAGAAGAGCCAGGCAGAGCGGGAGCUGGACAGUCUGGAGCAGGAGCUGCAGCAGUGUACAGCAAGGAGCCAGAACAUGGACUCAGAACUACAGUUCCUGCAGAGGGAGCUGGAGAGUCUGCGUGACUCGGAGCAGGAGCUGCAGACCUUGCAGCAGGAGGUUGAUGAUGACACUACGGAGGUCAUCCCAUCAGCCAUAUACGUGGCCCAGUUGUACCACAAAGUGACCAGGAUCAAGUGGGAGUAUGACACUGAGCCACACAUUCUGAGAGGAGUGCACUAUGGAGCUGACCUGGCCACGCCAAUCAACAUAGACUCCUCUGUGCGGUCUCGGUGUUCAGUCAGUGAUGAGCUGUGGAACUUUGUCAGCACUGAAUGGUAGAAGAGACCAAAGGAAAGUUGACAUAUCUCUCCAGUAGUUGUUUGUCCUGUGUUUGGAUUGUCUGUUGUUUAUGUGUUGUGUGUUGUAAUACAUUUGUUUUAUAAUAAGAUUGUAUUCCUUAUUGUUGGUAUUGACUUGGGUGGCAGGGUAGCCUAGUGGUUAGAGCAUUGGACUAGUAACCGGAAGGUUGCAAGUUCAAACCCCCGAGCUGACAAGGUACAAAUCUGUUGUUCUGCCCCUGAACAGGCAGUUAACCCACUGUUCCUAGGCAGUCAUUGAAAAUAAGAAUUUGUUCUUAACUGACUUGCCUAGUUAAAUAAAGGUAAAAUAAAUACAUAUUGAAUAAAGCAGUUUUUCUAAGCAUCACAUUUCCUAGAAUACUUAUUUGGGUAGUAACCUAUAACCCUAGCUUUUAUUUGUAUCUACUUUCACCAUAGACAGUUUUUUUUUAUAAAGACAAUUUUCUGCAAUCCCACUACUUUUUAAUAUGCUACUGAAAUUACUGUAUUGAAAAGUUGGGUGCUGAUCACCUUUUUAAUGCAAUAAAUGUCCAAUGUGAAGGUGUGCUUAUGCAAUAGACAGUAUUCUGUACUGCAUUGCAGCAAUAAAAAUACACUUUUUUUUGUUGCAAGA